CCCCUGCAGGAGGGAGGCGCCCCCGAGUCUCCCCUCCCGCGAGAGGGGCCGCGCGGGCCGGGCCGGGCCGGGCUGGAGCGGCGGCCGCGGGAGUCGAGCUUGCGGCGAGGACCGGCUGAGGCGCGCGGGAGGGAAGGCGGCUAGGGCUCCGCGGCGCUGUCGCCGCUGCCGCUCACUCUCGGGGAAGAGAUGGCGGCGGAGCGGGGCGCCCGGCGACUCCUCGGCACCUCCUCCUUCUGGCUCUGCUGCCUGCUGCUGCUCGGGCGCCGGGCGCCGGGCGCUGCGGCCGCCAGGAGCGGCUCCCCGCCGCAGUCCCCAGGAGCCAGCAUUAGAACAUUCACUCCAUUUUAUUUUCUGGUGGAGCCAGUGGAUACACUCUCAAUUAGAGGCUCUUCUGUUAUAUUAAACUGUUCGGCAUAUUCUGAGCCUUCUGCAAAAAUUGAAUGGAAAAAAGAUGGAACUUUUUUAAACUUAGUAUCAGAUGAUCGACGCCAGCUUCUCCCAGAUGGAUCUUUAUUUAUCAGCAAUGUGGUGCAUUCCAAACACAACAAACCUGAUGAAGGUUAUUAUCAGUGUGUGGCCACGGUUGAGAGUCUUGGAACUAUUGUCAGCAGAACAGCCAAGCUCACAGUAGCCGGUCUUCCAAGAUUUAUCAGCCAACCAGAACCUUCCUCAGUUUAUGCUGGGAACAGUGCAAUUCUGAAUUGUGAAGUUAAUGCAGAUUUGGUCCCGUUUGUGAGGUGGGAACAGAAUGGACAGCCCCUUCUUCUGGAUGAUAGAGUUAUCAAACUCCCAAGUGGAACACUGGUUAUCAGCAACGUGACUGAAGGCGAUGGGGGACUUUAUCGCUGCAUAGUUGAAAGUGGUGGGCCACCAAAGUAUAGUGAUGAAGCUGAAUUGAAGGUUCUUCCAGAUCCCGAGGUAACUUCAAACUUGGUAUUUUUGAAACAACCUUCUUCCUUAGUGAGAGUCAUUGGUCAGAGUGCAGUGUUGCCGUGUGUUGCUUCAGGACUUCCUGUUCCAGCCAUUAGAUGGAUGAAAAAUGAAGAGGCACUUGACAUAGAAAGCUCUGAAAGAUUGGUAUUGCUGGCAGGUGGUAGCCUGGAGAUCAGUGAUGUCACUGAGGAUGAUGCUGGGACUUAUUUUUGUAUAGCUGGUAAUCAAAAUGAGACAAUUGAAGCUCAAGCAGAGCUGACGGUACAAGCUCAACCUGAAUUCCUGAAGCAACCUACUAAUAUAUAUGCUCAUGAAUCUAUGGAUAUUGUAUUUGAAUGCGAAGUGACUGGGAAACCAACUCCAACUGUGAAGUGGGUCAAGAAUGGGGAUAUGGUUAUCCCAAGUGAUUACUUUAAGAUUGUAAAGGAACAUAAUCUUCAAGUUUUGGGUCUGGUGAAAUCAGAUGAAGGGUUCUAUCAGUGCAUUGCUGAGAAUGAUGUUGGAAAUGCACAAGCUGGAGCCCAACUGAUAAUCCUUGAACAUGAUGUUGCCAUCCCAACAUUACCUCCCACUUCACUGACCAGUGCCACUACUGACCAUCUAGCACCAGCCACAACGGGACCAUUGCCUUCAGCUCCUCGGGAUGUGGUGGCCUCCCUGGUCUCUACUCGCUUCAUCAAAUUGACAUGGCGGACACCUGCAUCAGAUCCUCACGGAGACAACCUUACCUACUCUGUAUUCUACACCAAGGAAGGAAUUGCUAGGGAACGUGUUGAGAAUACCAGUCGCCCAGGAGAAAUGCAGGUAACCAUUCAAAACUUGAUGCCGGCGACAGUGUACAUCUUUAGAGUCAUGGCUCAAAAUAAGCAUGGCUCAGGAGAGAGUUCAGCGCCACUGCGAGUAGAAACACAGCCUGAGGUUCAGCUCCCUGGCCCAGCACCUAACAUUCGAGCAUAUGCAACUUCACCUACUUCCAUCACUAUCACCUGGGAAACACCGUUGUCUGGCAAUGGGGAAAUUCAGAAUUACAAAUUGUACUACAUGGAAAAAGGGACUGAGAAAGAACAGGAUAUUGAUGUUUCAAGUCACUCCUAUACCGUUAAUGGGUUGAAAAAGUAUACAGAGUAUAGUUUCCGAGUGGUGGCCUAUAAUAAACAUGGUCCUGGAGUCUCCACACAAGAUGUUGCUGUUCAGACGUUAUCAGAUGUUCCCAGUGCUGCUCCUCAGAACCUGUCCUUAGAAGUGAGAAAUUCGAAGAGCAUUAUGAUUCACUGGCAGCCACCUCCUCCAGCCACACAAAAUGGUCAGAUUACUGGCUACAAAAUUCGCUACCGAAAGGCCUCCCGGAAGAGUGAUGUCACUGAGACCUUGGUAACCGGGACACAGCUGUCUCAGCUGAUUGAAGGUCUCGAUCGGGGAACUGAAUAUAAUUUCCGAGUGGCUGCUCUAACAAUCAAUGGCACAGGUCCGGCAACUGACUGGCUGUCUGCUGAAACUUUUGAAAGUGACUUGGAUGAAACUCGUGUUCCUGAAGUGCCUAGCUCUCUUCACGUCCGCCCUCUUGUCACGAGCAUCGUAGUAAGCUGGACUCCUCCAGAGAAUCAGAACAUUGUGGUCAGAGGUUAUGCCAUUGGUUAUGGCAUUGGCAGCCCUCAUGCCCAGACCAUCAAAGUGGACUAUAAACAGCGCUAUUAUACCAUCGAAAAUCUGGAUCCCAGCUCUCACUAUGUGAUAACCCUGAAAGCGUUCAACAACGUGGGUGAAGGCAUCCCCCUGUACGAGAGUGCUGUGACCAGGCCGCACACAGUGCCAGAUCCCACUCCCAUGAUGCCACCAGUGGGAGUUCAGGCUUCCAUUCUGAGUCAUGACACCAUACGGAUCACGUGGGCGGACAACUCCCUGCCCAAACACCAGAAGAUUACAGACUCGCGAUACUACACAGUUCGAUGGAAAACCAACAUCCCAGCAAACACCAAGUACAAGAAUGCAAAUGCAACAACUUUGAGUUAUUUGGUGACUGGUUUAAAACCAAAUACACUCUAUGAAUUCUCUGUGAUGGUGACCAAAGGUCGAAGAUCAAGCACCUGGAGUAUGACAGCCCAUGGGACCACCUUUGAAUUAGUUCCUACUUCUCCACCCAAGGACGUGACAGUUGUGAGUAAAGAAGGAAAGCCUAGGACCAUAAUUGUGAAUUGGCAGCCUCCCUCUGAAGCCAAUGGCAAAAUUACAGGCUACAUCAUAUAUUACAGUACGGAUGUGAAUGCGGAGAUACAUGACUGGGUUAUUGAGCCUGUUGUGGGAAACAGGCUGACUCACCAGAUACAAGAGUUAACACUUGAUACACCGUACUACUUCAAAAUCCAAGCCCGGAACUCAAAGGGCAUGGGGCCCAUGUCUGAAGCUGUCCAGUUCAGAACACCUAAAGCCUCAGGAUCUGCAGGAAAAGGAAGCCGGCUGCCAGACCUAGGAUCUGACUACAAACCUCCAAUGAGUGGCAGUAACAGCCCUCAUGGCAGCCCCACCUCUGUAGACAGUAACAUGCUGCUAGUCAUCAUUGUUUCUGUUGGCGUCAUCACCAUCGUGGUGGUCGUGAUCAUCGCUAUCUUUUGCACCCGGCGCACCACCUCUCACCAGAAAAAGAAACGAGCUGCCUGCAAAUCGGUGAAUGGCUCUCACAAGUACAAAGGGAAUUCCAAAGAUGUUAAACCCCCAGACCUCUGGAUCCAUCAUGAGAGACUGGAGUUGAAACCAAUCGAUAAGUCUCCAGACCCAAACCCCAUCAUGACUGAUACGCCCAUUCCUCGCAACUCUCAAGAUAUCACACCAGUUGACAAUUCCAUGGACAGCAAUAUCCAUCAAAGGCGAAAUUCAUACAGAGGGCAUGAAUCAGAAGACAGCAUGUCUACACUGGCUGGAAGGCGGGGAAUGAGACCAAAAAUGAUGAUGCCCUUUGACUCCCAGCCACCCCAGCCUGUGAUUAGUGCCCAUCCCAUCCAUUCCCUCGAUAACCCUCACCAUCAUUUCCACUCCAGCAGCCUCGCUUCUCCAGCUCGCAGUCAUCUCCACCACCCGGGCAGCCCAUGGCCCGUUGGCACAGCCAUGUCCCUUUCAGACAGGGCCAAUUCCACAGAAUCUGUUCGAAAUACCCCCAGCACUGACACCAUGCCAGCCUCCUCAUCUCAAACAUGCUGUACUGAUCAUCAGGAUCCUGAAGGUGCUACCAGCUCGUCUUACUUGGCCAGCUCCCAAGAGGAAGAUUCAGGCCAGAGUCUCCCCACGGCCCACGUUCGCCCUUCCCACCCAUUGAAGAGCUUCGCUGUGCCAGCGAUCCCACCUCCAGGACCUCCCACCUACGAUCCUGCAUUGCCAAGCACACCGUUACUAUCCCAGCAAGCUCUGAACCAUCACAUCCACUCAGUGAAGACAGCCUCCAUCGGGACUUUAGGAAGGAGCCGGCCUCCUAUGCCAGUGGUUGUUCCCAGUGCCCCUGAAGUGCAGGAGACCACGCGGAUGCUGGAAGACUCGGAGAGUAGCUAUGAACCAGAUGAGCUGACCAAAGAGAUGGCCCACCUGGAAGGACUGAUGAAGGACCUAAACGCCAUCACGACAGCGUGACGACCUUCACCAGGACGUGACUCUAAGCCAGAGUCUUCUGAAGUCUUGGGACUUAGCCUUGAAAACAAGGAAUUGUACAGAGUACGAGAGGACAGCACUUGAGAACACAGAGUGGGCCAGCAGGCCAGCCAGCGCCUCCGUGCGGGGCUGGCUCCAGGCAUGGCCGUCUGCCUUCUCCUGGUCAGCCUGGAAGGAGCCUGUGUCGAGGCAGCUUCCCUUCCCUGUCUAUCCCUGCCGAUACCCUGCAGGACUGGGCACCAUGGGCCAAAAUGCUGUGUCCAGGGAAGAGGCAAGAAGUGCAACCUGCAUUUCACUUUGUGGUCAGGCUGUGUCUUCGUGCUGCGACUGCAUCACCUUUAUGGAGUGUAGACAUUGGCAUUUAUGUACAAUUUUAUUUGUGUCUUAUUUUAUUUUACCUUCACAAACAAAAACAGUAUCAAAAACCAAGGAAGUCCGUGGUGUUCUCCACAAGUGGUUGACAUUUGACUGCUUGUUCCGAUUAUGUAAGGAAAGUCAUUGACAGUGUGGGUUGUUCCAGGGGUUGGCUUGUUUUUUGGUUUUGUUUUUAUAUUUUAAUUCUGAGUCAUUGCAUCCUCUACCAACUGUUAAUCCAUCACUUUGACGGGGAGGAAACGUUGCAUUGCUGUAAGCUUUUUUAUUAUUUUUUAUUAUAAUUAUUAAAGGCCUGACUUUCUCCUCUCAUCACUGUGAGAUUACAGAUCUAUUUGAAUUGAAUGAAAUGUAACAUUGAAAAGACUUGUUUGUUGCUUUUCUGUGCAGUUUCAGUACUUGGGUGGGGGGCUGGGGGUUGGGAAUAGGAAAUGGAUGGGCUGCUGGGGUCCUGUGAAUGUUUCAGUCAUUGUACUUUCUUCCAGAAGCCUGCAGAAGAAUGGAAGCGUCUUCUUUAUUGUCCUGUCCUGGCAUGUCCAUCUUUAUUGUCACUACAUUGCAACUGGAGUUUCAUUUGGAUCUGGUAAAAAAAAAAAUUCUGUGCAAUAGUUGGGUUCGAGGAUUUAGCUGCCCUGAUGUGUUGGUCAUAGCCUGGGGAGCGCGCCCAUGCUGAGGACUCAGGGACUGUAUGUCUAAUUGCAGGAGUGAUGCAGGAGUAGGGCAAGAGCGUGACCCUGUUCUGGAAUCAGAAAGCAAAGGGUGGAGAGCCUCUCCUGCUGCUAUCAUGGGUUCCCUCUGAGGAAGAAACUUGGUUUCCACGUGUGACUCCUGCGUCUCUCUAGUUCUGUCCUCAGCCAGGGCCACACUCACUUCCGCACUGCAGAGCCCCUUCAGAAAGAGUGUCGGCAAGAACGAGGCCAGGCACAGUGGCUUAGUGCCCACGAGGCUUCCCCACAUCUUCCUAAACAGUAUUCCUCAAGUAGCAGGGGACAGGGACAGCGGAGAGCGACAGGGGGCAGUGCACCUCCUUCCAUCCAGCACUCAGCUAAGCCCUGAUCAGGAUGAGGUGGUGGGAGGUUUCUGAGGUUUACUGAGUGACUCAGCCACACAUGGAAGCCUUUGCUUUUGCAAAUAGUUCUGGGUUCUAGUUCUUAAAAAGGUAAGGAGCUGAGGUGUGUGUUUUUAAAUAUUAGGAAUAUGUAAUGGAUAGUACAGGACUAACCCUCAGACAUCUGCCCCAAUCCCCAGAAGACAGCAUGAAAGGCAGCGUAGACAGUACAUCGGGCUUCGGUUCUAUAGCCAAGAAGAGAUCAGCCGCUGAGACCCCCAGUGGGAACCCCAGCCCGCCUGCCCACACCCGCCACUGGCAGGCCAUCUGCCUUUGAACGUGGGUUAGUUCCCUUUUUUAGGUCUUACACACAUUUUCUUUUCUACAAGAUGGAUUCUCUGUAUUUAUUAUUUUGGGGUUAAUGAAAAGUGCAAUGCUGGAACUCCUGCUGCCAUGCAAGCUGGUCACGGGGUGGUGCCAGGCGGGAUUCUGGAAAACCAGUGCACUUAGAUCCUGAAAAGAGCAGUCAGAGCACUCUGGCCACCAGGAGGGCGAGAUUCCCCAGAAACUGUCUCACCUUUAUUUGCCCAAAGAACAUGCUCCGUAUUUUGGGCAUUCCCUGCCGUGAACCCUGACACCUCUGUUACCUCAGGGCCUUGGUACCUGGAUACUGCCGCAGAAUUCGGGGUGGGGGUGGGGGAGGGGAGUUAUUUUUAAAUAAAGUAACUGUUCAAAGUUGGGGGACUUUUUUAAAUUAAAAAAAAAAGGAAAGCUAUUCUGUAUUGCACCUUUUCACAGUUUAAUACAUUUUCCUGUGAUUUUUGAAACUAAACCAUUGUGUGUCUUGUAGUGUCCUAGUUGAGCUGCUGCUCGGCAGCUUCCUCCCGGGGAUUCGAACACGCGUCUGUGGCCCUGCCGCCUGCCGGAGGGCUGCCGGGACUGGUGUCUGUACACACUUGUUUGGCCUUUUCUGUAGUUGAUGCUGUAAACUAUAUGGCUUUUUAAAAACAAUUUCAUGUUUUUAUUUAGUAUUGGAAACCCAAUACACUUUUUUAAUCCAAUCAAA